CCACAAAAUGCUUAUCUCAACCUCCAUUAUAACCAUCCUGGCGGCUGUCGGCGUAACAAACGCUCUCCCCAAUGAGAAGCGCAUCACCCACGACGGUAUCGGCUCCGUCAACCCAAACCCAACGGGCGCCCUUGGCUCCUGCGGCGUCUCCACCCCCGACAGCUCCAUGACCGUAGCAAUCAGUCCCUUCUGGAUGACCCAGCAUGCCCCGGGCCCUUACUGUGGACGGAAGAUCCAAGUCACCAACACCGGUCCCACAACCGAUAAUAGCGUAGGUGGGGCCGGCAAUACUAUUAUCGUCACAGUGCAGGACACCUGUGCGGGGUGCGAUGAGAACCACGUCGAUUUAUCGGUGGCGGCAUGGAAUUCGUUGACGAACGGACAUGAGUUCAGUGUUACGGGGGUUUCCUGGCACUUUUGUAACGUUAAUGGGCAGUGUUAGAAGGAGUACCAAGAAUGAUCGAGGGAGGCCCUUCACGGAAGCAAAU